AUGGAUGAUGAUUGUUGGAAUAUUGGAGGAGUUAAUUCUGAAAUUGGGGGGAAUGUAUCCUCAAUGCUUAUUCGAGAUGAAUUUAUUUUUCAACCUUCACAUUGUGCUGUUUCACCUCCUCCGCCUACAACAACAAGUGUUAUUGGAGGAGGAGCAGGAAGGAAUGAUGGGGGUGUUAAUGGUGUUGGUGGGAGUGCUACCGACUUUCUUUAUGAUUUGUCAGCUCCUUUACUGGAAGAUACAUUCCUAACAUCAAUGCAUAACAAUAUUAACAACCAUUCUCCUUUGGAUAACAUUCCUUGUAGCAGUACUUCUUUGAUUAAUUGCCCUUCUUCAGCUUCUGUCUCUUCAUCAUCUGCUUUUCUUGAAUUGCAACAUCAUCAUGAUGGGUCUGUUGGUGUAUCCCCUUGUUCAUCUUCUACACAUAAUUCAUCUUCUCCGGAUGAUUAUACUUUAUUUCUUGCUCAACAACAACAUCAACAACAACAACAUUUGUUUCAUCAAAACAAUAUUAAACAACAAUUUCCUCAUUUAUUGGCACCAGCGAUCGAGAAUGUUGAAAUACUUCGUCCAAUCCCUCAACUAAUUGAAGAUCAUUCUAUAGCUGGGCAAACAACAAUUGAUAUGCAUCAACAACAGCAAUAUGCUUUUUUAGUUCAACAACAUGCACAGAAUAGUCUUCAAGCAAUGUUUUCAAAUAAUGGUGAACAACAACAACAUUUACAACACCAGUUACAGCAACAACAACAAACAUUAAAUAUAACACAACAAAGAAGAAGAAAAGAUGAGAAUCGAAAUGAGAUGUUUGAACAACGAAGAAAUAGCAACCAUAGUGAAGAUGAUGACGAGGAAGAGGAUGAUGAAGGUGAUGAGGAUAUGGAGGAGGAAAGAGGUGGAAGAAACAAUCAUCAGGUUGAGAUGGCUGAUGUCAAACCAUCAUUCAUUUUGGGUGGCAAUCAUUCACUCAAAUCCCCAACUUCUGGUGGGCCACAUUUUAAUCCCUCUGCAGCAUUCCUUGGAGAAGAAAGCUGUAUUGGUGACUACACGUUAUCUCCCCCACCCCCUCCAUUAACGCCUCCUUCAAAAACACGAUCAAAAAUGCAUGAUUUGGCAUUGAAGCAUCGACUAAUUUCCAGUCAGGUGAAUUUGAGAGGGAACGGAACAAUCCAAUUGUCAAUGGAAGAAAAGAAAACUUUAGUUCAAGAAGGAUUUCCAGUCCCAACAAAAUUGCCGUUAAUGCGUGAAGAAGAGGAAGCGUUGAAGAUUGUUAGGCGCAAAAUUAAAAAUAAGUUGAGUGCACAAGAAAGUCGUCGCAAAAGAAAGGAAUAUAUGGAUAUGCUAGAAAAAAGAGUGCACGCCUAUUUUGCAGAUAAUAAUGCUUUGCGUCAAAAAUUGCGACAAUUGGAAGCUUCUAAUCGUUUUUUACUUGUUCAAUUGCAACAAAAAACAUCAGCAGAAGUUGGUGUAACUACUUCUACUAGUGCUAAUGAAGAACAAGAACAAUCAUCUAUGAAUUGUUAA